AUGGAUGACCAAACGCAGUCUAACAACAAGAAAAACGACGACGACCAAGUUACUGAACAACCAGCAGAACCUAAACCGUCGGUCGCCGGAGCCGGUGGUGGAAAUUGGGGUGGCUGGGGAUUUUCUCCGCUUUCCAUUCUCUCCGAUCUUCAGAAGGCCGCUGCUGUCGCUGCUGAAGAGAUCUCUCGCAAUGCUGCUUCAGUAGCAGAGACAGCAUCAAAGAGCAUUGCAGAGUUGCAAAUCACUGCUGAAGAUUCUGAAUCUCCCAAAGAGGAUGUAGGGGAGGAAGAAUCUGCAAAGGAAAGUGGCGAUGAGAGCGAGACUGCCCCAUUGCGAAAGUCUGCUCUGGAUAAAUUGGAGAAAGCUAGUGAAGAUUCACUGCUUAGCCAGGGUUUGAAGGUUUUUGAUAACUCUGUGGAGACUUUUGCUUCUGGAGCAUGGAGUGCUUUAGGAAAUGCGUGGAGAGGGGGCAGUGACUUAGUACACAAGCUCGAGAAUUCAGCUUCAAACCUUGCAGGAGCUGUACAACAUGAUGGACCAGGAGCUGCAGGUUCUAAUGCACCUUCCCUGUUAGAGACUGGAAAAGCUUUUACUGCAAAAGGAAUGCAAGUGCUUGAAUAUGUGGGUAAGGAGACAAUUGACUUAUUAAUCAGUGAAACUGGAAUUGAGGUUGAAAAGGCUAGAAAAGAAGGUGAUGGAGAUCAAUUAUUCGAAGAAGUGACAUUUGAUCGAUGUUUUUACAUUUAUGGAGGUCCGGAGCAGCUGGAGGAACUGGAGGCUUUGUCUAGUCAUUAUGCCUUGUUGUUUAACAGGAGAAAAACAAAAUUAUCUGCAGAGCAAAAAUCUUUAUUUGAAGGGAAGCUUAAAGAGGUGCAACAAAUUUUUGAUUUGAGUACUGAAAUUGAUGCUGGAGCUGAUUCUAACAAAGGAAAAACAAUAAAGAGAGAGAAUGGGGGAAGCAGUGAUGAGAUAAAGAACUUACAUGAUUCAAGUGUUGGCAAGGCUGCUGAAAUGGCUGCUGGUUUCACGAAUGCCUUGGCUGGCCUAGCUAUUAAUGAUAUAAUUCAGAGAACUUCUGGAAGAAUAGACUCUCUUCAUUCCGAGGGAGUUCAUAGACUGUCUGAAAUGUGCUGUUUCGCGGUGUCACAACUUCUUACGUUAGGCAAAUCCUUCAUUUCUCUUGCCAACAAAACUGAGGAUGAAGAAAUUGACGCCGAUAAGGCUAACAUAGAGUGGCCUGAAGACGUUUCUGAAAAAGCUAAGAUCAUAAGGAUAAAUACCCAGACAAUGAUUGGAUAUUUGAAAGCAGUUUCCAACAGCUUUAUUACAGGCAUAUCUGAUGUAUCUGAGGCCUAUCAAGCUGCCAUUAAAGGUGUUACUGCUGAGUCUCCCACAGAUGUUCCCAAGGCAUCAUCAGUUAAAGAAAAAGCCGAUUCUUUCACUGAACACCUUCGAGCUGAUCAAACCACAGCAAUAAGUAAAAUCCAGGACGGGGUGCAAUUUUUAGCUCACGUUGUCCUUUCAACCUCAAUGAAUGCUGCUUGA